AUGACGAAGUAGAUCGUCGUGUAAUGAGUGUAAACGGCACCUGGAUACAUUUGAAAAGGAAGUGUCCUGCCAUUACGGAUAAUAUGCGUCUUUACCGGAUACGUGCUAAAUGUGACUAGUUUUGACGCAGACUUUCCUGAAUCAGCGCAUAUUUUGAAUCAGCUCGUCUCCUGAAAGCAGCGGUGGCAGUUUUUUCCUCAACUGGUUUGCUAGCAGGAAGCGCCAGACCGGACUCUCGCUAAAAACAGCAGAACCACGUUACCCAAAGAGCUGCCUAUUAUUUGCAUUUCUAAACGAGUUACAAAGCGAAGUGAAGUUUUUAACGCCAUACUUUUUGACCUAAUUCAACUGUAAAAGUUUAACUGCUUUAAUUUAACCACAAGGCCACAGUUUUUGAUUUGAAUUCUAGCGGCUAACCGCACGCGCUCUAUAAAAAUAUAACCGAUAAAUGUCUCCAUGACACCGUGUAUGUACAUAGACUGACUGGUGUUAUAGUAUCGACAGCAUCAGCCGCCAGCUAAAUUACCGUUAAAGUCCGUAGCAUGUUUACUCGAUGCUGAAGGAGAUGUUUAUACAGCACAACCUGCUGACAGAUAUUAGGUAGCUCACAACUGGAUGGCUGCAUCGAGGUCCAAUAUGAAACACGUAAAGUCUGCGCUUCAAUAACCGUGACUGGAGGCUCAUAGGAGAGUCUUCAUUAUGUACCAUAGCUGCGUCGCCGUCCUAGACUGAUACUUUGUGGCUCGAGAUCCUCUUAAGUGUUGCACAAUGGCGGGUGUUGGGGUCAGUGUGCCGUCUGCGUCCUCCAAUUCAUCACCCACGGAUUCUGAUGCCCAGGGCUGCUCCAGCGGCGACUUCAUGGGUUCGUUUGGCAUCUUCCUGCAGGGCCUGCUGGGAGUGGUGGCCUUCAGUACCCUUAUGUUGAAACGCUUCAGGGAGCCCAAGCACGAGCGGAGACCCUGGAAAAUCUGGUUUCUGGACACCUCCAAACAGGCCAUAGGGAUGCUGUUCAUUCACUUUGCCAAUGUCUACCUGUCUGAUCUCACAGAGGUGGACCCAUGUUCACUAUACCUGAUCAACUUCCUUUUGGAUGCGACUCUGGGCAUGCUGGUGAUCUAUGGCGGCGUGAAGGCUGUUAGCGCUGUGGUUGAAUGGAGACAGUGGGAUUCACUGCGUUUUGGAGAGUAUGGUGAGCCGGUUCAGUGCAGUGCCUGGGCAGGUCAGUGUGCUCUCUACAUACUCAUCAUGAUGUUUGAGAAGGUCAUGAUCAUGUUGGUCCUCCUCCUCCCUCAGUGGAAGAAGCUGGCUACGCUCAACCCCAUAACAAACCCGCAUCUGGAGUUAGCUAUUGUCAUGCUAAUUGUCCCGUUUUUUGUGAAUGCUCUGAUGUUCUGGGUGGUAGAUAACUUUAUAAUGAGGAAGGGCAGAACAAAAGCCAAAUUGGAGGAGAGGGAAGCAGAAGAUGACCCUCGAGGCAGCAGCAAAGUGCGCUAUAGACGGGCACUGUCGCAUGAUGACUCUGAAUCAGAAAUUCUGUUCUCUGCAGAGGAUGAAAUGGAGGAUUCAGAUGGUGACGACGAUAUACGAAGACUCACAGGGCUCAAGCCUGUUAAGAAAAAGAAGCACCGUCUUGGUAUUACAGUUUGAAUUCAAAUCACUUAAGACUUGAGGUCUCCCUCAUUCUCAUGAGCCCACCUCAUUUACCUGAACAUCGAUCAGAAAGUAAGGAGCAUGAAGGCUAACUCAUGCUCCGGUAGACAAACAUCACUAAAAGGUUUUUUGCUACCCUAUGUCAAAGGAUUUUGGAUUAGUGGAGAUGAGCAGACCAUAAUAUGUUCAGUCUGUCAGGGUUUUUUGUGCACAUUCAUAAUUCUGUGCUGUGGCUCCAUUGUCAUGCUGAAAGAACAUGUGAUUCUCCAGUGGAUAUACAACAACUACAUCUCCUCCUCGCAUCUGCCCAGCCUUUGGACUGCACAAAGAAAUUCAAAACCUUUUAAAAAGUGUCUACCUUAUAAAAAAAAACAUACUGAUGUACCACAAAUAAGUACCUUUAACCAUAUGCAUGUGACUGGUCACACUGACUUGGAUAAACUGUACAGGGUCACUCGAAGCUGGUUCCAAAGCGCGUUUGUGAGUGUAGCUGUGGCAGAGAGUUUUGUGUGUCAGCUGUGAGGAAAAUGCUAAUAAAUGUUACAGAAUACCAUUGGUCAGCAGUGUUAUGUGCCAGCAUUAUAAUACAGUUGGUACAGUCUGCUUUCAAUGUGUUUUUAACCAUUCAGCAGCAGAUGAUUUAAGAUGGUACAUGAAUCCAGGUUUCAGAACCCUGACUGGAAUGGUUUGUCUUACUUUUUUGGCUUUUCAAUGUGUAUCUGCCUCAAUUCAGUGUCUAUGUAUUCUAACACAAAUUUCCCCGCUGUAUUUAUUUGUCAUUUUUAUUGUGUGGCCUUUUAAAAAGGACAGUUCACCCAAAAAUGAAAAUUCAGUCAUUUACUUGCCCUCAUGUUUUUCCAAACCUGUAUGAUUUCUUCUGUAGAACAUUAUGAAGAACAUUGCGGUCCAAAAAUACAUCGGACCCCACUGACAAAGACAAAAUAUUUGUGUUUCACAGAAGAACAAGUCAAACAGUUUUUGAACAACACGAUUAGGAGUGCACAACGCUUUUCAUUUUUGGGUGAACUGUCUUUAAACUUUUUGUUUCUGCUUUGGUGUGGAUGGCUUCUGUAACCUCUUGCACAGUUUGAUGUUACAUUGCUGUAUCACCUUCAAGUUUUCUGUUUCAAAGCAUUACCCUUUGCCUGUAUAUAAUAUUUACCACUCAGACACUGUCAAACUCUAAACACUAAACCAGCAGGCCCUUCCAAAUGCUUUCUCAUCCACCCUCACGCUUCUGUGCUCUAUGGAGCAUUUGAUUUUAUUCCAACACUAAAGCACAGAUCCUUGGAGAAUGAUGAAUUUGCACCAUGUAUUCUCUGCAAAAAUCUUAAACUUGAGACUGCAUAUGUCAGAUUAUUCUUUGUCAUCUUUAUUCUGAAGAUGGAUGUAAUGUGAAAAGGAAGAUGCCUGUAGGUUUAGAGUUGGAGUGAAUGUAACUGGGGUACAGGAGCUGUUGUCUUACUGUUAGUAUUGUCAACCUGAUAUUUAAUGGACCAAGUGUAUGGGAGUACUAUAUUUGCACAUGGUAUGCAUUUGUGUUUUACAGGAAUGAACUUAAACCAGGCUUUCUGGUCAGGCCUGCUGGAUUCAACAAGGUUACUUAUAAGGAUUUUGUCUAGGUGGAAAUAUAACUGCCUUUACCUCUCCGGGAUUGAUUCUGACUUUUUACAGAUCAAUUUUGGUUACAGUUAGUGGAGAAUGAAACAAAUUGGAUGUGGAUAGGGAUGUUAAGUACUCAACAAUAUUAGAUGAUUAAGAUUUACUGACAAAUUGUGAACUUAUGUAUGCUUUUUCAAUAAACUGUAAAAA